AUAAGUAUAUCAGAGACUAGAGUUCAAUCCCAUCAGAGCAUAGAAAUUUUUUGCGCAAAAUGUAUCGAAAAUUGAUUUGUCUUUCUCGUUGGCUGCCCAAACAUAUUGAUACGAUACCCGACCAGAUCUGGAAUCUGCUGUUAGCCCGCUUCUACACUGCCAAUCUGCUGUGCGUCUUCUUCGACUUGAUCCUGCUGUUCUACUCAUGUUCCCUGAGCUACCUGCUGGAUGUCCCGGUGGGCACAUUCGCAUUUACUUCACUGCUGAUUAUGCUGCAGCCAGGUGUGGCUCUCUAUGGACUGCUGCUGUGCCACAUCCACAACGAGCAUCCGAUCAGCUAUCGGACACGGUUGCAGCGGCUGCGGCAGGAGAUGCCACUGCGAAUCCAGCUGCUGGUCACAGUCCUCUACGUGAGUAUCCUCACCAGCCGGUUGUACGCCUGCUUCAUGGACAUCUUUGACGUCGAUUGGCCCCCUUACUUUCUGCUGAUCCACGGCUGCUGCUGCGGCUUCGCCUACUUUCUUGCCGAGCAUGGCAGACGCCUCCGCCGGUUCUCUUUACCCGGUUUGGGUGUUGGCCUGUGCAUAUGGCGAUCGAUCGUCGAGAGCACGUUUCAGUCCCAUAAAGUCAGACUUGUCGUCGUGACAGCGCUCGCCUCUGGCCUGAUCCAAUCAUCCUGUUGGAUCCUUGUGCUGGAUGGUGACUUAGGGCAAGGAUGGAGUGCUGAGAAAAUGUUCUGGGCCUGGAUCCUGACCACCCUCGUCUUGGCCAAGCUGCAUGUGAUUAAGAAUAUAUACGAGGUAGUCAUGCAGCAGGAAUUGCCGCUGGUCCUCAAUCCCCGACAAGUGCACCUCAGAUACAACAAGAGACUCUGGGAACAUUUUAUAUUGUGGAUGUGCCGCCAGCAGCUGUGCCAGGUGCCGGAGGACUUGGCCGAGCUGCAACUGUCAUUCUACAUGGCCUUGGAUAUUAAGUGUCUCUACGGGUUCCGCCUGCUGGCGGCUAGCGAAUUCCACGAAGCAGCGUCCAACCAUUGCGAUCGUCUAUGCCCGACGAUCUUUUCGCCGAUUCGACUGCACACAUCCUGGCUGAAUCUGCGCGAAUUGAUAAUGGCAAUGGUGGACGAGUUCGUAGCCAACAUGAAGAGCGCUAUGGAAGACUCCACUCCCCCCUAUCAGCCACUCCAGAGGCCUCAAAAGAAUCAAAUCCGGAAUGCAACAAAACCCUCGACUACGCUGCCCGUCCAGACGACCCCAAAAUGUUUAUCGGCCUGUGAUCAGCUGAUCGCGAGAAAUCUAAAGUUUCCAUCGCUAAUGACGGAUGCUACCUCCUGCCAGCCUAUCAUCAAAUCGUGUCCGACCUGGGAUGGACUCAAAGCGGCUAUAGAGGGGAUCGCUUUGAAGUUCCAAAGGUUUUUCAUCUGGUCCCGUGGCAUCUGGGAAUGCCUACCCAGGCUCCCCGCCUGGGUGCACUAUUUCUGCGACACGAAUCCCAUGGAGAAGAUUAAUCACGCGCUGCGCCGUGCAGAGCACCUGGAUGAUGUGUUGCGAGGUCUCGUACGCAUAUUCAUUCGCUCGCUGAAGGAGGACGAAUACGGAUCGAUGGAGUCCGAUCUGGUGCGCUUUGUGAAAGCCCUGCUCCAGGUGGAGAAACAGCUAUAUGCGGCCCUGGAUCUAAAGAUGUGCAGGAGCGGCAGACUGUGUGGCACACACGAGAAGCUACUUGUUGGCAUCGAACACUGCAUGUUCUGUAUGCUACAGCAUUUUUCAUCCAACCUCGAUUUCAUGGUGCACGACAAGGUGUUGCUGAAGACGCUCAAGUGCAAGAUGAAGAGCCUGGGCAUUCCCCACACUCCCGUUCGUUGAAUCUGAAUCUCUCCUACACUCACACUCCCAUCUCUACACUCACGCUCUUUCAACUCUGCAUACGCUCACGCUCCCACCACUAUCUGCAUUUUCCACUUGCCACGCACUUUCAGUUUUUUUUUCUUUCUCUCGUCUUUCUUUUUGUUUCUUCUUCUUUCGUUAUCAAUAAAACGCGCAUUGUUUGCGGGCUAAGUGGACGA